AUGGCAGCCGAACAGCAAGUACAGCUCACAGAUUUGGAGCCUAUCCAAUUACAGGAGGUGAAGAAGCAGCUUGACCAGGAGCUCGACCAUCUCACAACAUCAUAUCAGCAGCUCAAGCAGGCUCAGGCGAAGUUCAGAUCUUGUCUGAGUGAUUUGGGCGAGUUGACACCGUCAGCGAAGGGCAAGGAGGUGCUCGUCCCCUUGACCAGCUCAUUAUACGUACCCGGAAGAUUAGCAGAUACCGAGAUGGUCGUGGUGGAUAUCGGGACUGGCUACUACGUGCGGAAAAAGCGGUCAGAAGCACGGGAACACUACACUGCCAAAUCCGCCUCCAUCCAGGGCAAUCUCGAGACAUUACAAAAUACGAUAGAGCGGAAGCAGGAAAACGUGCAGACGGUGAUGCAGGUGCUGCAGAUGAAGUUGCAGGGAGGGAGGGGAGGCGGGGGAGGUAAGUAG